AGACUAGAUGCUUCUCACACACUACGGUUCGUACAGCGCUUCCUGGAAACACUCAGCUACCAAAAAAAAGGAAAGAGAGAGAGAGAGAGAGAGUGUGAAGAAAGGAAGGAAGGAGAGAAUGUGAAAUCAGCCCAGGCUCUGUCAUAUGCUUUUCUCACACUAUUCCUCUCCCUUUCACACACCAUCCCCUCCCCUCUCCAAUAAAAUUGCUGGAAGAUGGCGGCGAACGGAACAGGCAUCAAGCCUUGCUCUGGUGUGGCCAAAACAUCGGUGGAACUGGACUUCAGGUCCGGAGCUAGAAUCGAGGACUUGAACAGGCUGAUUCGGGAGUUCAGUAAGCAGGAUCAGCGGGAGUAUGACGACCACCGAGCCCUCGAAAUCCACACCGCCAAGGAUUUUAUCUUCUCUAUGCUGGGCAUGGUGCAGAAGUUGGACCAGAAGCUUCCAGUUGCCAAUGAGUACCUACUGCUCUCUGGAGGAGUCCGUGAGGGUGUGGUGGACAUGGACCUUGAGGAGCUCAGCGUCUACGUCCGCGGGACAGAUUACGACAUGGACUUCACCCUUCUGGUCCCUGCCCUCAAACUGCACGACCGUAACCAGCCGGUCACCCUGGACAUGCGCCAUUCCGCACUCUGCCACUCUUGGCUGAGCCUCAGGCUCUUCGACGAUGGGACCAUCAACAAGUGGAAAGACUGCUGCACCAUUGUGGACCACAUUAAUGGGGGUGCCAACUACUUCUUCUCCCCCACCCGCGUGGCCGACUGGUUUCACGAUGCCAUCGCCGUGGUGCUCGCCGAGAUCCAGAAGAAGCCUCAACGCGGGAUGCCGAAGGUCGAGAAAGUGGAGAGGAACGGCACGGUGAUCUCCAUCAUCCUGGCCGUGGGCUCGAGCCGCAUGCUGUACGACAUUAUCCCCGUGGUCUCGUUCAAGGGCUGGCCCGCGGUGGCACAGAGCUGGUUGAUGGAGAACCACUUCUGGGAUGGCAAGAUUACCGAGGAGGAGGUGAUCAGCGGUUUCUACCUGGUGCCAGCCUCCUCUCUCAAUGGGAAAAGGGAAAACGAGUGGCGCUUGUCCUUUGCAAGAAGUGAGGUGCAACUGAAGAAGUGCAUCUCCAGCAGCCUCAUGCAGGCCUACCAAGCCUGCAAGGCCAUCAUCAUGAAGCUCUUGUCCAGGCCCAAAGCCAUCAGCCCAUACCACUUGCGGAGUAUGAUGCUCUGGGCUUGCGAUCGACUGCCCGCCACCUUUUUGGCCCAGGAGGAGUACGCGGCGGACUUUCUUCUCGGCCUGAUUGAUGACCUUCAACACUGCCUGGUCAACAGGUCGUGCCCCAACUACUUCAUCCCACAGUGUAACAUGUUUGAGCACCUCUCGGACGAGGCUGCUGUGCUUCACGCCCGCAAGCUGUCCUCGGUGCGCUCCGAUCCCGCCGAGCACCUGCGCACCGCCAUUGAGCACGCCAAGGCCGCCAACCGGCUGACCCAGGACAUCCACCGGAGGGGAAGCGGCUCCGGCACGCCAUCACCGUCCUCGGACGCUGGGUCCGGGGAUAACCGGCAGCCAGAUGACCGACUGGCCAAGAAGCUGCAGCAGCUGGUGACGGAGAAUCCGGGCAAGUCCAUCUCGGUCUUCAUCAACCCGGACGAUGUCACCAGGCCCCACUUCAGAAUAGAUGACAAGUUCUUCUGAGGCAAAAGCCAGGUGAGAAUGGGACAGCCGUCCUGAAGCUGCUUCAGACCCUCCGAAAGGACCGAUACCCUUAAAUAGCGCUUUUGAGAGCAGAAUGCGAGUCUGAUAAGCUACAAAUUGAAUCGAGUACUGCCAGCACGGUGAAGACCAGGUCCGUGAAGAUUUAGGCAAGUUUCAAACCUAACAUUCAAACAACGGUUUUCAGUUUCCUCAGACUGAUUUUCCUUAAGGGUGAAGAGGAAUCUUCAAAAAUUCAGUCUAAAAUUGUUUCGUUUAAAAAAAGUGGAAAUUGUCUUCCCAGCAUCCCUCUCUGCCGAGCGAUCAUUCCAAAGCCAGCGGUAGAAACCCUGCAGUAGGUCAAUGAGGAUGGCUCCUGUCGUUUGGCAGAGAUCAAGGCCUGUUGUAGUUUAAAGUCCAGGGAAUGUCUUGGCAUGCCGAGGACACCAGGAAUGGGGCAAGGCUUAGAAGAACCGGUCUGCUACUUUCAGUCGGAAUGCCACGGACAGAGUGCUUUAGGGGCUCUCGUUUAUUGUUGAGAUUCCAUGUGUUUUCCAUGAUGGCGGCUGGACUGCAAAAACAAUGUUUGCAAAGACUGAAUUACGAUAGUACGUUACUUCCUUCAUGGCCUCUUGGUUCGUGAACUCCUUCACACUAACUAAGCUCGAUAAUGACUUUCCGUGAAGCCAACUGGAUGGUUGGGAUGGGAAUUGGUCCUGUGGUGCCCAGGUCUCCACGCUGAAUUGUCUGGUCACCUGGGCAAGCAGGGGCUCUGAAAGCUCUAUGUGAAAUGACUGGGUGAACUCAGUGAGGCUGGAAUGGCUGAGUAUCAAUAGGAGGAUGGGAGUGGGAAGAGAAUUCAAAUAACAUGCGGUUUCUGAUCAAUUUCCUUCAUCUUCAUGUCUGCUGGAAUGUAUAUGUACAUAUACAGCAGUUGGAUGGAAACUGGAUUGUGAUGGCAGCCAAUGUUAAAUAGCCUACAUUGAUAAAAUUGUUGUUUAGGAGGUGUCUUGCAGAGAAGAAUCUGUGAAUUUCAAAGGUGAGGGGUUUAGUGUAAAAUAGAUGGGGGAGGAAAGGAACUUAAGGUUCUUGUAAACUCUAUUUCUCUGUAGAAACCUCUGCCUGAACAGUGCCAUGUUGCAGCUUGUGAAGUAUUUUCCCUAUCCUGCUACUUUGACACACAGCAAUCUGUGAUACAUUUGUCACUGUUGAGCCUUCUUGCUGUGGGUAGACCCAGAGAGUCUCUACAAGAUUCUUGUCAAAAUCCAGCUGUAUCCUGAGCCUAUUAAGAGAAAUGAGGUGCUGUUACCAAGUUGUUAAAUUGUACCCAGGAAAUAUUUAUGUCUUAAUCUGCAGCAAUUGAAUUACACAGUAACCGUGAUUACUUCCUGGCCAACACCUUCUUGCUCUCAGUUCCUUCCCUUCUUUUAACGGAAUUAUUUCCCCGUCUUCAUUCUUUAUAGACCAUGAAUCCUUCCCGAUUCGAGGGAACUGAGUUUUUAUUUUCAAGCUGUACCACCUUGCCUUGGUAAUUCUGAAGUAUUAUAUAAUGUCUUAAUAUCAUCUACCAAAUAAGGAGCUUCCAGGGACCUCUCAUGCUUCUCCUGCUCUCUUACUAUAAACAUGGAAUGAAUGUGUGUAUAUGUUUUUAGAAAUAGUCCCAUUCCAUUGAUGUAAAUCUUUGCAUAAGCUGAUGACAAAUGUCUGUAGCCAUUCCUUAUCAGAGAUAGAACUGUGUGACAGUCUCCUUGAUCUUUGAUUGCACAGUGUGGAGUUGGAGGAACACGGCAGAUCAGGCAGCACCAGAGGAGCAGGAAGAAGUCCCGACCCGAAACAUCAGCUUUCCUGCUCCUCCGAUGCUGCCUGGCCUUCUCUGUUCCUUCAGCUUCACACUUGGUUAUCUCUGACUCUAGCAUCGGCAAUUCUUACUAUCUCUUCUGAUCUUUGCCUUUGUUCAAACUGAUGAUUCUCCUCAAUGUGCUCCAGUCCACUUUCCUUCUGCAGAUGUUGGCUUCUGAAAUAGAGCCACAUUUGUAGACAGAGAAUUCCUGUUGCUCUACGAUGUUCUCUCUCCAUCUCUAUUACCGCUGGGCAGCAAAUAGCCAAAAGGGCUGAAGUAAUUCUUCUUGUAAAAUAGCAUUGUGGGUGGGAGGGUAGCAAUGAUCUUGUGCAAUAAUCCUGCUCCACUCAACAGGAAGAGAUGUGGUUAGAAAGAUACUGAGCAGUGAGUUAGCCAGGCAACUCCUUCCUCCUUCAUAUAAAACUAAGGAAGGGAGAUGGGGGAUCCUCCAUUAUCAGGAAGAAGGUUCUCUCUAGGUAAAUGUGUAUUAUUGAUUUUACCACUCACUUGAUCAUGGAGUACUCCUCCUCAAGUUCAUUUUUUAUUUUAAGACCUUAAUUGUCCACUUGUUUAUGUUCUUAGAUAUUUGGCUCUUUCAGUAAUCCAGGAUUGCAUCGCUCCAAGCCACUGGUCCAUAGAACUCAGUACGGAGUAGCACAUAACAUCCUCUGAAAUGGCCUAGAGAGCCACUGCUUUCAAGGGGAAUUAGAGAUGGUCAAUAGAUGGUUCAAAUUCUGUUAUGGCCAAUGGUCAAAUUUGAAUUCAAUAAAAAAAAGUCUGGUGAUGACCAUGAAUCCAUUGCCAAUUGUUGGAAAAACCCAUCUUGUUCGCUAAUGUUUUUCAGGGAAGCAGACUGCUAUUCUUAUUUGCUUUGGAACCUACAUGUGAAUCCAGACCCACGGCAACGUGGAUGACUCUUAACUGCCCUCUGGAUACUGAGGGAUGGGCAAUGAAUGGCUGACAUAGCCCGCAAUGCCGUCAUCCCAUGAAUGAAUAAAAUAAAACACUAUCCUUGUUAGUGAUGCCACAUCCCGUGGAAGGAUGAGGGAAGUCUGGGAUAAAUUACCCAGGUCCCGAACAGUUCGUUCUCACUCAUUCACUUGGUGCAGUUUCUUCAAUAUACCUCUCCAUGAGGUUGUUGAUUUAUUCACUAGGUUGGUUGGUUGAUUUGCAGAUGUUUCAUUACCAUGCUAGGCAACAUCAUCAGUACACCUCUGAUGAAGCGUUGUCGGUCUAUCCUGUUUAUUAUUUAUGUGGGUCCAGUCUGAUGUGGUUGUUGGCCUCAUUUUUGCUUCUGCUUGUUGAUGGAGUUUCAGGUUGAGUACGAGGCCUCUAGGAAAUCCUGUGUGUGUCUUUGGUUGGCUUGUCCUAGGAUCGUUACGUUGUCCCAGUCAAAUUGGUGUCCUUUUUUGUGUGAGUGUAUGGACCUGUGAGUGGCCAGUUGGAAGGGUUUCUUAUCCAAGAGCCUAGAAGAACACAGCAGGUCAGCCAAGCAUCAAAGGAGCAGGAAAGUUGACUUUUUG